AUGGCUGUUCCAUCGGAAAAUGCUUCAUCUCCGAAGCAAGUUCACAUCUUGAUCAUUGGUGCAGGCCUCACAGGUCUUAUUCUAGCUCAAGCUAUACGAAACUUCAAUCAAUCUGAAAAGAGCGCUCAAUCAGGAGUCAAGUACAGCUACUCCAUAUUUGAGCGAGACGACCGUGCGUUCGCACGUGGCGGUGGAUGGAGUCUGACGAUUCACUGGGCCCUGACGGAUCUGCGGAACGUUCUCCCGCGUGAUAUCAUAUCUCGUUUCGAGGACUGCUUGGUCAACCCUGAGGCUGCGGAGAAGGGAAUACCUGGUAAUUUCCAAUAUCUAAACCUCAAGACCGGGGCAAGGCAGGAGGCAUGGCCAAUCCCACUUGGUGCGGCUUCAAGAGUCUCAAGAGAGAAAUUGUUAGCCCUUUUAAUGGAGGGACUUGAUAUCAAGUGGUCGAAAGCGUUGGACACUAUCAGCUACCCUUCAUCAACGACAGUUACAGCCCAGUUUACCGACGGAACCAGCGAAACAGGCAACCUGAUAGUUGGCUGCGAUGGGUCUAGAUCCGCAGUUAGACGCAACCUUUGCCCGACUACGUAUCAAAAUAACCGACUUCCAGUCCGCCUAAUAGGCAUGCGGGUUGAGUUUCCCGUUGAAAGGGUCCAAGUUUGCAAGGAGAUUGACGUACACUUCUUUCAAGGUGGCGAUCCCGCGACCAAUGUCUACUUUUGGUUCUCCUUUAUCCACCUGCCACGACCAUCAGAUGAUCUCAAAGUUGCUACAUGCCAGAUUAUGCUAAGUUGGCCAUAUAGAGCCGGCUUUCUGGGCCGAGCCGAGCCAACAGACAUGCCGGCUACAAACCAGCAGCGCCUGGCAUGGCUUCGAUCAUUGGCUAGUGAUUGGGCAGAGCCGUUCCGCGGGAUCGCCAACGACAUUCCGGAGGAGACGGAACUCCGGGAAAUUGUGCUAGAGGACUGGCCGCCCCAAGCAAACGGCUGGGAUAACCACAAUGGAACGGUAACUCUCGUGGGAGAUGCUGCCCACGGCAUGACUAUGUUUCGAGGCGAAGCGGCGAAUCAUGGCGUGAUUGAUGUGUCAGUCCUGACCAAGCUUUUAUUCAGCGACAAUGUCUGUCAGCAAAAGGACAAUGCGUUGAGUUUAGCCGUCCAGGCUUAUGAAGACGAAAUGAUUGGGCGAACUCGCCCUGCGGUUCUCAAAUCCAGACAGGCAUGCAUCGAUGCAAACAACUACGAGUCUGUAAACGCGGAAAGCCCAUUGAUUGCGAAGAGAGUUGUGAGGGAUUAA